AAACUAGCCCCAUUUUCGGAUAUGCUCAUUGAUCCGCUCCAGCCGCUCUCAGUGGACAUGGAACUAGAUGUAUAUGAGACAUUUGAAAAAGACCGCACGAAGUACCGGCAGUAUGAGCUAGCAGUCGAAAUGGCUGUUUCCGAUUUAAGCCACAUACACGAUCGGCUCAACAUCCUCGUGAUCGGGCCCGGCCGCGGGCCGUUGAUAGAAAUCGUGAUGAAAUUUGCGCGGAAGGCCGAUAAGGUCACCGCAGUCGAAAAGAACCCCAAAUGCUUUCCGACUCUUAUUCGGCUAUGCGGCCAAUGGCCCACAAACGUCGAGCUAGUUUUAGGCGAUGUCAGAUAUAUGGGGCGCCCCAAAUUGGCAUCUUUCCACUUGGUGGUGUCGGAACUAUUGGGCUCCUUUGCGUGCAACGAGGCAGCGCCCGAGAUCCUCAGUGUUUUCCGGGGUCUUUCACCCGUGAUGAUCCCGCAGGAAAUGCGCAGUUUCAUCCAGCCGGUCUAUGCCGACCUUGGCACUAAUACGUGGCCCAGGCGGCCGUAUGUCGCCAAGCUAAACAGUUGUUUCCCUGCUUGCGAGCCUGCUGCUAUUUUCGAGUUCGUUUACCCGGGCGAAAACGCAUUGCAAAAGACGCAAAAUGUGACUUUCCAUUCAAAAACGGCGGAGGUGGCGAAUGCCUUAUGCGGCUACUUCGAAGCUUGCUUGUAUGGACCAUAUCGGAUCGGAAUUGUUCCCGGCCAAAGCCGCUUGGAGUAUUGCGACUCGUGGUUCCCAAUGCUCUUUCCAAUUCCAACUACCGAAUUGCCACUUUCGGUGAGGUUUCUGAGGCAAAGCCUGGCGACAGUCACCUAUCAGUGGACAGUCAACGGUGUAUCC